UUGUUUUUGGUGAAAAUCUGGAUCCUCAACUAGUAUUUGAUUGUGUCAUUGCUGCUGAUGAAUUAGCCAUUCUUGAUCUUCUUAAAUACGCUCAAAGAUACCUUUUAGAAAAUCAAAUAACUUGGUUAAAAGAAAAUCUUGCCUUAAUUUAUCUUCGUCCUAUUUAUGAGGAUAUUUAUGAUGAUAUAGGUUUAAAAUCUUGUUCAAAAAAAUUAUUACCAAGUCGUGGUGCUAUUGUAUCUACUAUUAUGAGCUCUCAACAUGCUGCUAUAAUUGCAAGUUGGAUAGAUCGUGGUUCUAAUCUUAAUGGUCAAAGAAAUAAUAAUGGAAAAAUUGGAAGAGUAACUGAUCAUGUAUACGCAUUAAAUUGUUGGAGAUAUAAUGGUCCAUCUUUUGGAAAAUGUGAUUUGGUAAUGCAUAAUGGUGGUAUUCUUAGGUUUAAACAUCAAUCCUUUUCGCCUCAAAUUAUGCCUACCGAAAAUAUUAUGAUGAAAAUUGAAGAUUAUGAAGUGUUUGAAGUUGUAGAAAAGAUUAAGGAUAAAAAUAAUACUGCGAUAUCAUAG